AUGCUCUGCAUUGUAAACGGACAUCCAAGAUUCACAGUCCAGUCUGUUGCAAAGCAAGUUGAACAAAAGGUCAAAUGUUACGACAAGUACGACAAAGCAAACGACGCUGAAGCCAAGAUCUUCCUAGGCAAUAGCCUCGACCCAGAACUCGCUGCCAAACUCUACCUGAAAGUCAAGACUACCGAUCCGUUUCCCAUUAUGUUUCAAAAGUUCAUUCCAAUGCUCCACACCACGUCCAUCCACUACUUCGAAGGACUCAAGACAAACAUCCGCAAGCGCAAGUCCUCCCAAUACUCUGGAGAGGACAUUGCACAGAUGGCAGAGGAUGUUGGGAUAUGA